AUGCUUGAAAUCCAUCCUUCCGCUAUCCACAAAAUCGCCACAUGGGAUAAUGACAACAAGUAUGCCAAUGCCCCUGCUCUACCUGCACUGUUCCUCACGCCACUGGAUGUCAGCUAUGAUGAGCAGGUGAUGGACAUAGGUCCUUGGUACAAUGUGGGUCGAGAGUAUCAAAAAUCUACCAGAGGAUGCGAACACGUAGGACUUAAUGACACAAACGUGUUAAUGUCCGAAUUGCUUCCAUUUGUUUCUUGUGUCGUAAAAUUUCAUGACAUGAAUGAAUGGCACAACACCAAUGUACCUUUGCAUCCACUGCUGUUGAUGCUUAUGCCCACUGCCGUCUCUACUCUUUGUCACAACCAUCCUCUUGAAUACGUAGGACUUAACAAUGCAAAGAUGUUAUUGUCCAAAUUCCUUUCUGACAUUGUAUGUACAUCCCUCCUUUUCUUGUGUCUUUUCCGAAUCCCCUUCCCCAUCAAUGUCCUCCAGCCAAGUCAAGCCAACAGUGGUAUGAUGAUGGACAUGUCAUAUGCUUCAGAGGUCUAUGACAUGAGAUGUGAUGUAUGCUCAGGAGGCAUAGGACAUAGGCAGUGGUAUCCAGACCAAUUAUGUAAUGCAUACUACUACAAUGAUCGUUCUGAAAUGAGGAUAAAUAUUGGUUUCUGUAUACUGAACUUGAAUCCAGAUGAUAUCACAUGGUCAAAAACAAAUGCAAACAGACCUACUGCGCAGGAGGAUCAUUCUGAAAUGAGGCUAAAUGAUCAUUCUGAAAUGAGGCUAAAUUCAAAAAUGAAUGCAAACAACUUUACCACCAAGGAGUCCCUACCUAGCUCUGCCACUUCUGGUCCAAAUGACAUGGUUGUUCUUGCAGAUCAUCAUUAG